UACCGGUACCUGUUUUUACAGUUUUAGCUAGAUCUCUAAGGCACCAUAACUAUAAUCAUGCUUCCUGACAACUUAUCCGCUUUCAAAUAUGGCACUGCCACUGUGGUUCUGGCCAUUGCAUUCUUUGUUGCUCAUCAGCGAAGCUAUAUCAAUAAUGAACUGGAUGUAAAAGUGUUGAAUUCCCUUCGCAGAGCUGAGAGUAAAGUUUCACCUGGUCCUGCUAAAGUUGCAGUCGGGUUUGGUGCAUGUAUUGAUGUCUUUGUGGAUGCACUCCCUUUGUUCGAGAAGCUUGGAAUAAAACCACCAACAAAAUCAUCCCAUCAUGAAGUUAUUACAAAUUUUGACAACUUGGCUGAAGGUUUCGCAUAUUUCUUUCGGCAUGGUGCCGCAGCUGAGCGAUAUUUCAGCAAUUUGACACUUUUUGAUGAUAUUGUAAAGAUGGCACGGACAUUAGAAGGAGUUCGCAGUGAUCGUGGGGGUAAUGCUCCUGUUAUGGCACAUAGAUUGGCAAUGGAAGGUGCAGAUGUUAUGUUGGCUGCACCGACCAAUGAUGAAUUCAUGAAAAUGUUAUGGCCAGGAAUCAAAUCUACAGUCACUGAAAGCAAAGAUCCAGACAUUCAUCUUAUAAUGGAAUACAAAACUGGUGAUAAGUGGGGCCAAUACACAUCUGAAAGAGCAAACAGGUUUAUCAUCCAUUCUGACCAAUCUAAUCCCACACUGUCAUCAUUAGAGCCCCUGAUUGAACCAAUGAAAUCGUUCAAUCCAAAGCUCUUGGUGGUUGGUGGAUUGCAGAUGAUGGAUAACUUUCCCUUUCAAUCCGGUCAGCGUGAAAAAAGACUGACUGCUUUAAGGAAUUUGUUAAAGAACCCACCACCUGGAACAAAUCCACUAGUGCAUUUUGAACUUGCUUCAUUUGUCGAGGAGGAUCUUGUGUCUGAUUUAAUAAAUUAUGUGGCUCCGUAUGUUGAUUCAUUCGGAAUGAAUGAGCAAGAACUGCCUAAUUUGGAAAGUGCUUUGCGUUAUGGCAACAUCACAAUAUUGUCGGAAGCAUACCCAAGGGUUGCAUCAGUACUGGAUCAAAUGAGAACAGCCUAUAAGAUUUUGAGAAGAAAAUUUCAAAGAGUGUCUAGAAUACAUGUCCACACCCUCGCAUUUCAAGCCAUUAUGACACGCAAGGGGUCACAAUGGAAAAAUACAAUGUCAGCAGCUGCGCAUGCAUCACUGACUGCAAAUCGUCACGUAUGUGGCACCAAAGUCGUCAAUAUUUCAAAGUCAAAACUUCUGAUGGAUGACUCGUUUACAAAAACAUUACAUGAUGGAUCUACUAGAGUUUAUCUUGAGCCAGAGAGGCCUGUAUCUUGUUGGGAAGAAGUUUAUAAUCUUGUUCCUGGAAAGUAUGACACUGUCCAGAUCUGCAUUGCACCAAAUUUUGUUUGUACUGAAGUUUACCAAACUGUUGGUGGAGGGGACAACAUCUCCUCUGCUGGACUAGCAAUGCAAAUCUAAGUUUAAGGUGCUAACCCAUGUUCUCAACCAACUACUGUAUUAUUAUUUUAUCAACAAUGUAGAUCUUGUCAAAGUAUUGCUAUUCAAAUACUUUAUAUCAAUUUAUAUUUACAAAGUCUCGGCUGCUGAUGGAUGAAUCAUUCUCAAAGACUUUAGAAGAAGGUUCGACUCGUGUACCAUUAGAACCUGAUCGACCGGUAUCCUGCUGGGAUGAAAGCUACGACUUUGGAUCUGGGAAGUUGGACUUGGUCAGGA